CCUUGAAUUUUGAGAGCCAGAGAAGGAAACAGGAAAUUAAAUCGAAAUAGAAGAUAGAAGGAAGAGAAAUGAGAGAGGGUUUGUUUCUUAUACUAUCACUCUUUUACGCUAUAAUGAUAAUUGAAGGAAGUUCAGCGACUGUCCUUAUAAAACCAUCCUCCAUUUCCUUCCCAGACCUUCCUGCUAAAUCCGCUCUCAGCCUCAAUGGCUCUCGUGUGUGUGGGUCGUUACACGUGGCAAACCCUCUGGACGCUUGUUCUCCGCUACGCAAUCGUUUCGAGUUCAAUGAAAGUGGGAGGUUUGCUUUGAUAGUGAGAGGUGAAUGUGCUUUCGAAGAUAAGAUUAAGAAUGCCCAAAGUGCUGGUUUUCGUGCUGCCAUUGUUUUUGAUGAUAAAGAUAACAGGAAUUUGAUUUACAUGAUGGUGAAUCCUGAGGGAAUUAAGGUCCAUGCGGUUUUUGUUUCAAAGUAUGCUGGGGAAAUAUUGAAGGAGCGUGCACGAGGGAAAGAAGGGGAAUGUUGCAUUAAUUCAUCUCGUACUGAUGCAGCAUGGACUGUGUUGGCAAUAUCAUUGAUAUCUGUUGUUGUUAUUUUAGGUCUCCUUAUCAUUGUUUUUGUUACUCCCAGACACUGGUUGCAUUGGCAGCGAACAAAUAAUUGCUGUAAAAGUGUGGAUAGUAAGAUGGUUGAAGCCCUUCCGUGCUUCACAUUCAGGAAUGCCAGUUUAAGUCAGUGUCAUGUUGGUGAAACUUGUGCGAUUUGCCUUGAGGAUUAUAAAGAUGGGGAAGUUCUUAAAGUUCUCCCUUGUCAGCAUGAAUUUCAUUCAACCUGUGUUGACUCGUGGCUGACUAAGUGGGGGACCUUCUGUCCUGUGUGCAAGCUUGAUAUGAAAGACAAAUCUGCAUAUUUUGGGAUAUUGAAGCUAAACAAAAUACAGUUUGCCUUAAUUCUUGGAAAGAUUCUAGACAGAAUAGAUCAAGAGGUGAAUCCGGCUUCAGAAUCUGUAAAUACAUCUGGCAGUUUGCCUAGCUUUGAUAAUCAGAACUUCCAUGGAAGCUCAUUUGCUGUUUCAAACCAAGGCCAUGAUGGUCUCAUUUGUACUGUCUUGAUAGGAAGGAGAGUGAAGGAUGGUGCUCUACUCCGCAAAAAGAGAGUCAGGUCAACUAUAUUCAACUUGCAUAGACACGAAUUGGUCUUCAUGGGCUCCCUAGAUAAAAGCACAGGAGCUGAAGUUGUCACCGUUGAUGUCAAGGCAACAAAGGGUUUGCUUGAGUCAGGCUAUACUUAUCUAGAUGUUAGGACAGUGGAAGAGUACAAUAAAGGACACGUGGAUGGAGAGAAGAUAUUCAAUAUUCCUUACUUGUUCAAUACACCAGAGGGGAGGGUUAAAAAUCCCAACUUUCUGAAGGAGGUCUCAGGUGUGUGCAAGGAGGAAGAUAAACUUCUUGUGGGCUGUCAAAGUGGAGUCAGAUCCCUGUAUGCAACUGCUGAUCUUCUUAGUGCUGGUUUCAAAGAUGUAAGCAACGUGGGAGGAGGCUAUCUUGCCUGGACGGAGAAUGUUUUUCCGGUGAAGAUAGAGAAGGCAGAGAGAGAUGAACUCUGAUUUGUAAAUCCAGUCAUUUAAAUGGUUGUGUGCCCAGAUGGCACAGCCUUGUGGAUGCAAUAUUAAUGUUAAUAUCGAUAAUUAUUAUAAUAGCCAGAUGAAACAGGUCAGUGAUGGACAUGUCCCGAUCCCUAGCCGGUUGUAAAGCCAGGCUAGUGAAACAAGGUAUCAUCAAUGAGACAGACCAGAUUGGACCUGUCAAAGUUGGUGAACCGUUGCCAUCCGCCCCAUGCUAGGGCUUUUAUUGCAACAUGUGGAAGCUAAGCAGGCUUUGAACUUUGGAUAAAUAAGGUGAUCGUGUCACUUUUCAGAAUAAUAAUAAUAUUCAGUAAA